GGACCACAAUAGUAAAUCAUUGCGAAUAACAAAGUGAAAUAAACGUGUGCAACAACAACAACAAUUCAUUCGGUCAAACUGCAAGAAAGCUCAACUCAAAAUGUCUGCAAUUAGCAGCCGCAAUCAAAAAAUGGAACAACAGCGCCAGCUGAUGGACGCCUACAUACGCCAGAAGCGCGCCUCGCCCGGAAUGGUGCAGGCCAGCGAUCUGCAGAUGAGCCGGCCGAUGUCGGGGAUGCGCAGCAAUGGCCGUGAGCUGCACGGGUACGAUGGGCCGAUGCAGUUCAUUGGCUCGCCACACAAUCCAGAUCAGAUAUUGAGCAACAGCAGCACAACAGGUGUUCAUCUAACCAGCAGCCUCAACUCGAGUCGCAACAACUCGAACAACUUGCGCAGCCUUAGCACGAUCAAUCAAGAAGACUUAAUCGAGGAGAUCUCGUCGCAUGAGCUGGAGGAUGAUGAGAGCAGCCCGGUGACGGUAGUGGAGCAACCGAUUCAGCCACAAAGCGCCAACUCGAUGCAGUCACAGCGCCUGCGCAGUGGCCAGCAAUCGUUUAAUGAGCCGCUGGACGAGGACGACUAUGCCAAUCGCAACAUAUCGGGCGUGGCCGCAGUGCGUCCCGCCAACAUUGCCUCGCCCUACAAGGACAGCGCCGCCGUCGAGGGCAGCAACGGCACCGCCAACGGCAGCGGCACCGGCAGCAUCGGCGGCAACGGCGAAUCGGAGGGCGAUGUCAUUGGGAACAUCGAUCAGUUCGUCAUGCAGCCGGCGCCACAGGGUGUGCUCUACAAGUGCCGCAUAACGCGCGAUCGCAAGGGCAUGGACCGCGGCCUGUUUCCCAUUUACUAUCUGCAUUUGGAGCGCGACUACGGCAAGAAAAUCUUUCUGCUGGGUGGUCGCAAGAGAAAGAAGAGCAAAACAUCCAACUAUAUCGUGAGCUGCGAUCCCACCGAUCUGUCGCGCAAUGCGGAUGGUUUCUGCGGCAAGCUGCGCUCCAAUGUGUUCGGCACAUCCUUCACGGUGUUCGACAGCGGCAACAAGGAGAGCACUGAGAAUCCGCGCCUCGAUCUGGCCGUCAUUAUAUAUGACACCAACAUUCUGGGCUUCAAGGGACCGCGCAAUAUGACUGUGAUACUGCCGGGCAUGACUGAGGACGAUCAGCGUGUCAAGAUCAGCUCAGCGGAUCCCAAGCAGCAGGGCAUACUCGAUUUGUGGAAGAUGAAGAACAUGGAUAACAUUGUGGAGCUGCACAAUAAGACGCCAGUGUGGAACGAUGAGACCCAAUCGUAUGUGCUCAACUUUCACGGACGUGUCACGCAAGCCUCGGUCAAGAACUUUCAGUUGGUGCACGACUCGGAUCCCGAGUAUAUAGUCAUGCAGUUCGGACGCACAUCCGAGGACGUAUUCACCAUGGACUAUCGCUAUCCCCUGUGCGCCAUGCAAGCCUUUGCCAUAGCUCUGAGCAGCUUUGAUGGCAAAAUUGCCUGCGAGUGAAUCAGAUUGUAAAUUGGCAUUGAUGGAGAGAACAGUUACGCAUGCCUUAUUAUGCUCGACUAUGCAUACCCUAACUCUAAUUGAAUGCGGUCGUCUUAGAAUGUAAGAAAUAUAAACAGAGAAGAUCAGAGAAAAGGAGAACUUUUAUCAGUCAUGGGCUAUAUACAUAUAUAACAUAUGUUAUUCAGCUGUAUUAAUACACAGAGUUAUACAUAUAUUAUUUUUCACGCAAUACCCUACAAAGAUCAAGACAACAACUAAAUACAAUUUCAUUAAAUUUUCCAUACUUUUACCUUAACUAAAUGCUUCAAACUUUAAACUUUAAACCAAAUUCUGUACUUAAACAUUUUCUGUACAAAAUAUUCACUUCAUAUAUAUUUAUAUAUGAGUAUUAUUAUUAUUUUAUGAUUUAAAACAUAUAUAGUCUAUAAUUCUAGUCAGUCGAAGUGCGCAUCAAUGCAGAUUUGCGGCACAGUAGGCAAAAAAUCACAUAUUUCUAUAUAAAUAUAUAGAUAAGUAAAUCAACAUAUUUAUUGUAAAUUAGUCUAUGUAAUAAAAAGUCUACUCACCGAUUUUGUAAAGAAACCCAAAAAAAAGUAACACAAACUCUAUCUCUAUGUUCUUCACAUACAAAUUUCAAAAUCAUAAACAAAUCAAAAGGAAAAUGGAACAAAAAUCAAA